AUGAUCUUCGUCGCCCGACAACUGCAGAUGAAGUGUCAGGAGGCGCGGACCCGCCUGUACUCUACCUUGGUUGAUCUGACGAAAGCCUUCGACACGGUGGAUCGUGAAGGACUGGAAAAUCAUGCAGAAAUUCAGCUUUCCGGAGCGAUUCUUUCGGAUGGUGCGUCAGCUGCACAAUGGUAUGAUGGUGCGAGUCACGGACGACGGAGCUGUCUCAGAGACAUUCGCAGUGACCAAGGAGUGAAGCAGGGCUGCGUCCUCGCGCCUAGUCUCUUCAGUCUCAUGUUCUCUGCCGUGCUGAUGGGCGCCUAUCGUAACGAACGUCCCGAGAUCCGGGCCGCCUACAGGACGGAAGGCCACCUCCUCAACCAAAGGCGAAUGUAUUUCCAGUCGCGUGUAUCCACAACCACUGCCCACGAGCUUUUUUUCGCUGAUGACCGCGUCCUCGAUGCAACUACUGAAGGAGGCAUGCAAAGGAGCAUGCAUCUCUUCUCCGCCGCCUGCGAGAACUUCGGCCUGAUCAUUAACAUGCACCAACCGCCACUUAAACUCAGAACGAAAAUGAAAAUGUGCACGGCCGUCAUUCUACCGACGUUGCUGUAUGGAUCGGAGGCCUGGGCCACGUACAAGAAGCGGCGACUCAAUCAUUUCCAUCUAAGCUGUCUUCGGCGGAGACUGAAGCUGAGGUGGCAGGACCGGAUCCUGGACACGGGUGUACUGGAGCGAACGGGAAUCCCCAUCAUCCACACCAUGCCGAGACAGCUGCAACUGCGCUGGAGCGGCCACCUACUGUGGAUGGAAGACGAGCGGCUGCAGAUCAGCCCGGUCAACUGGGAAGACCUUGCCCGUGCACCGACCUACGUACAGAAGGACAGUGAAGACGAUUUACGAAGCCAACCGCAUCAUCGCUGCCAAAGCCAAAAGUGA